AUGUCGAAUCCGGUACGCAACGUGAUCCUAAUUGGUGCAAGUGGCAACAUUGGUGUGUGGGUUUUGAAGCAGCUGCUCGCUCAUCCGAACCACCCAGAAGUGACGGUACUGACCCGGGAGAAUUCCACUGCGGAAUUUCCAGAGGGGGUGAAAGUGUUUCGGUCAGAUUAUAGUCCAGCCUCUCUGGAACAGGGUUUCAAAGGUCAGGAUGUGGCGCUGUCCUUCCUCAAUUACGACAUUCCCUUCGAACAGAUCAAGGUUAUCAUCGACGCAGCCGUCAAGGCAGGCGUAGAUCGAUUCAUUCCAUCAGAUUAUGGAAUCAGGACAUACCACAAGCGGUACGAGGUCAGCAUAUCUGCCUACAAACGGGGUAUCGUACAGUAUCUGGAGGCGAAGUGCGGCUUGAUCAGCUGGACCUCUAUUAUCUGUAACCCUUGGAUCGAAUAUUGCCUGCUUGACGGGCUUCUUGGUUUCGAUCUUGGCAAACAUGAAGCCACUAUCGUUGAUGAUGGGAACAGCCCUAUAUCUGGAAGCACUAGAUCCUACGUGGCGCAGGGCGUUGCUGCGCUUCUCUCGGACCCGGCAGCAUAUCACGACUCAAAGAACCAAUACGUCCAUAUUGCGGGUCAUAGCUAUACGCCGAACAAGAUCCUAUCUAUCUUGGAGAAGCUGUCUGGCGAGCAAUGGAAGACUGAGUAUGUCAAAGCAGAGGAUAUGAAGGCCGAAGGACGCAAGCUAAUAGCCGCUGGAAAUCCUUGGGGCAUGGCUUUGUUUGUGCGGGCUGUGACCUGUAGCCGCUCACCCGACGGCGAAAUAGUGGGGGAUCUCCGAUCGCUGAGCCCUUGGGACGAGCGGCUGGGCUUGAAGCUCCAUGAUCUGGAAGAUGAUAUAAAGGGUACUCUCGCGGGACAAUUUCCGAUGAUUCACCAGCCGCCGGUCAUCAUCCCUUGA